AUGUCGCAAUGUCCGCCCUGCAAUUGCAACUGCAACCCACAGCUCGACUGCAGUGACUCGGCCUACUCCACGGCCGGCAACACCAUGGGGAUCCUGACCUUCGUGUACGCCGUGCUGGCCACGGCGUGGAUCUACGUCUCACGCAUCCGAUCAGCGGACGCGGAGCAGCGCAAACUCAUGGACACGGCCUACGCCAACUACGUGCGCUGGAAGCUGAUGAUCAACGAGUACGAGGAUGUGCUCAAGUCCGGCGGCGAGAUUACCGGAGACUUCAAGAUCCUGCUACAGCACCGCCUGGACACGGGCGGCGAGGCCAUGAGGCGCCUGGACUUGGCCCUCGACUACGACCCCACCAGCGGCGUCGCGACGCGCACGAGGCAGAAAGGCAAGUUCGUGCUGGCGCAGCGCGAGUUGCACGAGUUGCUCGUGGCGGCCAGCCACGCCACUGACGAUGUUGGUGUGUUGUUGGAUGGCAUCACUCAGGAGCAGAUGCAUCGCGAAUUGAAACUCCAGCACGCACUUCUGCAGCAGGUCGCGCACAGGGUCGGCGUGGCGGACGGAGCCACUGCCGGUGUGAGGCGACUUGUCGACGAAGCUCCCGAGGGAGUCCCUGUCGCGGCACUGAUACGGACAGUGCCGCUUUCCAAGAACAGUACAGACGCAGAGCGUAUCAACGACGACGCAGAGGCAGAGCGACGGUCGGGUUCGACGGGCGCGGUGGAGAAACAUGAGCUCCCUCAGAAGUACGAUGUCUAG